AUGGUUAUGCUGAUUGAUUCGGCGAUGAGUUUGGCAUGUAGACGGUGGUGUUUUCUUUGUGUCGUUUUGUUCCUCUUCCUUAUGGUGAUGGCUGUGAUAGCGUGCGCAUCAAUGCCGAUAAUUCAUCAUAUUCUGAAUUGGUCAGGCCUGAAUGUGAUCCAAUUGGCAGCGACUCCAUUGCACAUGCUUUCGGUAAGAGACGAUUUCAUUGAUUUGAAAUACUCUUUCUCCCCUCAACUUCUUCCGAUGGAGGAGACGUUUUUCUCAAUGUCUCGUUGGAGUGGAUCGUUUUUAUGGAUUCAUUCAAAUCGAGCAUGUUAUCUCCGUGAAGGGUUCUCUAACUCUCCAUGA